ACGAAUUUGAUAGAUCUGUUUGAAUUCUGAAAUAUUAUUCAAAUUGCGAUUUGAUUUUAAUUUUCAAUUUCCUAUAUCAGUUAUCAGUCAAAUUUCAAUUUCCAGUUGUAUUGCGAACAAUUGUGCUGGUUUUGCCGUGUCGUGUCGUUUUAAUUGUUACGUGGUCUUUUUCAAGUGGUUAAUGUAAAUGGUUGAUCAUAUUAAGUUUAAAGGCAUUUGCUUGACCAAAAAAUUCUAUGUUUUUUGAAUGUACUUUUGCAAUAAAAAUAUUUUUCUCAAAUUAAGCCAUUGUGAAUAUUAAGGCUUUAUUUGGCUCAAUUAUGUCUGUAACGAAUCGAAAGAAACCUGCUGAGAAGGAGCAAUUAAUUGAAAAUGGUGAAUUAAAUUCUCAUGAGAGAAGUAACAUAAAAGGUGAUGAGUGGAAUAUAGCAGUACUAUUAUUCUUAUAUGCUCUACAAGGUAUACCACUUGGUUUGGCUGGUGCAGUGCCUAUGUUACUGCAAAAUCGUGGCAUUACAUACACACAACAAGCUGAAUUCAGUUUUGUCAAUUGGCCAUUUAGUGUAAAGUUACUGUGGGCUCCAGUUGUGGAUGCACUAUUUCUACCAAAAUUUGGAAGACGGAAAACCUGGCUGGUACCAAUACAAUACCUUAUAGGAAUAGUGAUGAUAAUAAUGUCAUUAAAUAUUACUGAAUGGCUUGGAUCAGAGGAAAAGGCUCCUACUAUGACACUAUUGACAAUGUCUUUCUUAUUUCUAAACUUCCUGGCUGCUACACAGGAUAUAGCAGUUGAUGGUUGGGCCUUAACUAUGCUUAAACGAUGUAAUGUUGGACAUGCAUCCACUUGCAAUACAGUGGGCCAAACUGCGGGUUUCUUUCUAGGUUAUGUCCUAUUUUUAGCCCUUGAAUCGCCAUACUUUUGCAAUAAAUACAUUAGAUAUGAACCACAGGAGACUGGACUUGUGACAUUAGCUAGUUUUUUGUUAUUUUGGGGCUGGAUAUUUAUUAUAACAACAACAUUCAUAGCUAUAUUUAAGCAUGAAAAGAAUGAAGAAGUUAAUAUGUCAAGUGAAAGCAAAGGCGUUAAGGAUAUUGUGAAUGCUUAUCAACAGUUAUAUACAAUUGUUAAGUUGCCAGCAGUGAGAACAUUAGCACUUGUUUUGUUUACAGCAAAGCUUGGUUUCUGCGCAAGUGAUGCAGUAUCAGGGUUAAAACUUGUUGAAGCUGGGGUGCCAAGAGAAGACCUGGCACUAUUAGCUGUACCUUUGGUUCCUGUACAGAUAAUUAUGCCUGUGAUCCUAGCCAAACAUACAACCGGUCCCCAACCACUUUCACUAUGGCUUCGAGCAUUUCCCCUUCGUCUCCUUGUGGGACCAAUCGCCGCUGCACUGGUGGCCAUUACCCCAAGCCUUUUGGGAAAUUCUGGGCCAUCUUACUUCUAUCUUUUUAUAUUGAUGUGUCUCUAUGUAUUUCACCAGACUUGCCUCUACUGUAUGUUUGUGGCUGUAAUGGCAUUCUUCGCGAAAGUCUCGGACCCAACAGUUGGCGGCACUUAUAUGACGUUACUCAAUACCGUGUCCAACCUUGGUACUAAUUGGCCCAAUACGUUGGCACUUUGGGCCGUUGAUAGGUUGACGUAUAAAACGUGUACGGCUGAGAAUUUAAGUGAUAAUACUUGUUCGUCGGAGUUAGAAACUGAGGUAUGCAAGACCAGCGGUGGUACGUGCAAUGUACGCAUGGAUGGUUUCUAUAUAGAGACAGUGAUAUGCCUUAUUAUUGGUUUCCUUUGGCUCCAGUGGGGCCGAAGGACAAUACAGCGCUUACAACGACUGCCGUCAAGCGCUUGGCAAAUCGGACGGCAUAGAUAAGACUGAUUAGUACAAUUCACGCAAACUAGAUGGCGCUGUAACAAAAUGUUCUCGCUGUACAAUAAUACUUGAAAAAUAACAUGGUUUACCGUUUUAUUAGAUGGUCAUGUGACACUAAAUUAUAGAAUGACUAACAAUAGUAUUUACAGUAAUUAUUUCAACAAAAAUGUAUAAGCAACUUGGUCAUAGAAUUUAGCACUAUCACUCUCUUUUAUUUAAAUAUUUAUAUUCUCUAGUUUCGACGCCUUAAAGUUGUAAAUGUCAAUUGUCACAUGACCUAGUAAAUAUAGCGGAACUAAAUCGUUACUGAGUUAUGUCAAAACUUUGCAUCGUAAUUAUCUCAUUACAUGCUGAGAAUGAAAAGCAGUCAUAAGAUCGCGCCAUUUUUACUGUCAUGUUGACAUUAUAAAUGUCAAGAAUCAUGUUUAAGGUUACGUCCAUUCAAGUAUUGCAUAGAUAAUUUAUAGAGUAAGAUCUAAUCUCCUGUAAGUACGAAUUUGAACAUUUAUCAUAACUUCAAAAGCUACUUACUUAAAUUAAAUAACUAAAUACAAAUAAAUUAAUUUAUAGAAUAGUAAUAAAUGUUUAUUUUAUAUAUGGUUAUAUAUUUUUAGUUAGAACGGUCGGGGAUUUCCGUCACUCCUUUGUGUGUAUCUUCCGUGGUAAAUUGAAUCGGUUGUGUUUUAUAUAAUGAUUAUUUAUUUUAUUGGCAAUAAGUUAAUGACAUACUGUCUUGUCUUAUCAUUCCAUUAGCAUAAUACACUAUCUCUUAUCUAAAUGCAAAUGCGUAAGUCAACAAUACUAGUAAUAAAGCAAUUACUUUGUUACGUUCAAAACGAUCGAGACUUCAAUCCUACAGAAUAUUAACAAAUAUUUGAUAAAGAAAAUGGCAAUAUUUUAAUCAUGUUAAAAGUUAUCUUAUACAGCUCAAAAGCACAAGCUUCAUUUAUAGGGCACAAGUUAAUUAUUUUAAUUUCAAUCUAUCUGGUUAUUUUACGUAGUACUUUUUAAACGGAAAAUGAUACGUAAAAUUUAUUCUAAAAUAUAGUCUAUGGCAAAUAUGUUGGCAAGGGUUUUUUCAUUCAAAAGAAUAAUAAUUAAUCUGUGGUAUUUUGUCACUAUACGUAUACAGUAAGUAUACCCGCGAAUUUUUGGCCACGCAAAGUCUUGCCAGUUAAUAUUAUUAUAUGUUUAACUGUUAAUAAGUUAACGUUGAUGAAAUUAGUAAAAUUUUGUGGAACAAGAUCGGCGACGCAUUCGUCCAAUUGCUAGCGUGGAGCUUAUAAUAGAUAUGUCGUCAAAUUAUGAAUAUACUUAUAUUUUAUAUCUAACGAUAUUCUAAACGCGAACAAUUGUGAUCCGUAACAUAUUGUUCAUUAGCCAAUUGUACUACCUUAAAAUUGUGAAAUGGCAAUGUUACGAAUCAAAAUUUUUGUCUUCGAUUUGAAUCUAAAAUAUUAAAUCUGAAUAAGAUGCGAUAAAUUGUAAACCCUGUUAUGGAUCAUAAGUUUGUAACGUUUUACAAUAUCGCAAUAUUGUAAUGUAACACUGCUUAUUAUUUUACCGUGAUAUAUUUAAAAAUGCGUAAACCAUAAAUAAUUCUUACCACUGUUUCACCUUAAAUCGUAACCGACUUUGAAGCAUUAAUGCAUACUUCUAAUUCUGUUUAUCAAUCGGUAAAAGCUCAGUCUCCAAGGUAUUUUACCUAUCAACUUGAUAUUAUUACUAUAGUUAUUGAUAUUCUCGUACAAUAAUGCAAUUACUAAAUCUAUUAAAUAGAUUUUUCUAUGAUAACUUCUAGCUAAUUUAUUCAUAAAUAAUUCAGUAAGUAUUAAGUUGU